GAAGCCAAAAGAAAGUCCAUAACUGGGAACAGAUGUAGAUGGCAAAAAAAAAAUCUAAAUUGACCACCAGCAGAAAAUGGUUAUGUCUGGGCUGUGUGGCAAAAUAUGUUGGUCACAGCUGGGUCUGUGUACUCACAGGAAAUAAUGCAUUCCUCAUUAAUCUUGUGACUCGAAGACAAGCCUUAUUGUGGCUAGAAUAUAUUAUAGAUUUAUACUCCAUUUCACUUCGAAUCUAGAUCUAGAUCUAAAAAGAUAGCUGUAAAUAUAGAUAUUAAAAUGAUGCUGUAUUAUACUACAAAUGUAACAAGGAUGAUAUUAGAGAAUGGUUUUUAUGUGAUAGAAUCCAAGAGACUGAUCCUUACAACAUCUCAAGCUGAGCAGUUUUAUGCAGAACAUAAAGGAAAAUUUUUCCAGAAUAGAUUGGUUUCAUUUAUGAGCAGCGGUCCAUUAUGGACUUAUAUUUUAUGUGGUGACAAUGCUAUCAGUAGAUGGAGAAAGUUAAUGGGACCAACUAAAGUUCUCAAAACUGUUUAUGAUGAACCAUUAAGUAUAAGAGGAUUGUAUGGACUGACAGAUACAAGAAACUGUACCCAUGGCUCAGAUUCAGAAGAAAAUGCUGAAAGAGAGAUACAAUUUUUCUUCCCAGAAUUCAAUAUAAAAAAAUGGUAUGAGACAGAGCAUGAUUUCUUCAGGCAAGAUUUUGUUGAAUUUGAUCAUGAUAAACUGAAACAUGUUAUAUGUUCAUAAAAUACUAAACUAUUCAAAAGUAGGCUAUGUUUUGUCAGACAAAGUUAUAUGUGAUUACAGUACUGUAUCAUUAAGAAUAAAUCAUGCAUUUUAUAUAAACAUUGUUCAGCAGUGAAUAGUCACUUGUACAAUAUUGUAAUAAAUUUAUAAUUAAUGUAAAUAAUAAACAAUAAUAUCCACUUGCUGAGAAGGUAUAAAAGUUGAUUAUAAGUUGAUUAUUAGAGACCAAUUUAUUAAUCAUAUUGUUUUUUUAUAACAUGCUUAGAAAUCAGUUUUUAUUUCAUGUCAGUAUUGAUGUACAUUUACAUUUGGAAAAAAAUGAAUUCUCUGUCUUUUUGAGAAUGUAUAGUUGACCAUAUGAACUGUUUACAAUUUUUCCUCAAACGUGUAAUAAAUAUAUA